AGUCACCACAAAAGGUAUCAACUCGACACCUUCUAGGACUUUCUUCUAGUGGUCAUCCAUAGUGUCUGGAUACUGGGCUUUGGGCCGACGUGGGAGUGGUCCAUCUAUAUCAACGGAGAUAGAAGAAAUCCCGCUCAGGUCGUUCGCACCCUCGACCUUAAGUGGCCCGUCUCUUCAGGCAUUUGCAAUGAAAUUCAGCUCGGCUUUAAAGUUUAAUGCUGUUGCGGAUUGGUGGGAGGAAUACAUUGCCUAUGAUGUGCUCAAGCGAUACAUUUAUCAACUGGAGAAGCGGCAGCAACGGCCAGAUGGUAUAGAGUCGUCCUAUCAUGACUUGGAGGCCAAUGAACAGACAACCCUUGUCGACCACACCGAUACAUCUGGUGUGGACAGUCUCUUUAAACCACUGCUGGAUCGGGAGCUGGAGAAGAUUACGAGGUUUUACGAAGCGCAAGAAAAAGAGCUGAUGGAUGAACUUGCGGAAUUGGAAAAAUCUAUCGCGCAGCAUGAUGAGGCUGGGCUUGAGGCGGGACUCCACUAUAUGGAUGAAGACGACGAAGACGACGAAGAAGAAGAGGAGGAGGAAGAGGAAGAUGAAGAUGAAACCAACAUGCUCACUCGAUCUGUAGACUACGGCAAAGGGUCACGACACAGGCGCCGCAAGUCAAGCUCCGUCGGAUAUGGAACACGUUUUGCAACAGAUUCUAUUCGUGAGGAGCCUCAGAAUCGCCGCGUUAGUGUAUCUUCUAGCGAAGCGGGAGAUUUGAGUGCAAGUGUCAUAUCUCUUGGCCCGCGCCCGCGCCCACGGUCGACCUCGCAGGUUGCAUCCGGUUCGCGUGGUGCAAAUGCCAGCAUGUCUCCGAUGGGGAGAGCUCGCAGCUUGGCUAGCCGGCUGAGGGGCAUGAAGGACAGCAUCACUUCUAGUGGGGACACCAUCUGGACCGCAAAGGGCAGCUACGCAUUGGAUACCCGGUUGCUCUUCAAGCGAAAAAUUACCAACCUUUACGUCUCUUUCUGCGCUCUGAGGUCUUAUGUAGAGGUCAAUUACUCAGGCUUUCGCAAGAUCUUAAAGAAGUAUGACAAAGUUGUGUAUAGCGAGCUCAAAGAUCGUUACAUGCACGAAUUUGUGGAGACCUCCACACCAUUCACGGAAGAGUCGAAAGCCAAAGUGUCAGAUACCAUUGCCCAACUCGCCGAUCUUUAUGCCAAAUGUGUUACAAAUGGAGACAAAUCCGUGGCACAGCAGCAGCUGAAGCUGUACCAGCGUGAACACAUUGCAUGGGAGCGCAAUACAGUUUGGCGUCAAAUGAUCGGGCAGCAACGACACGGUACUGUUGACGGAUUAGGUGUUCUCACCAGCGCUACGCUAGUAGAACAGGAAGAAAGUAGCCUUUUCGACGUCCCGACUCCUCUCGGAAAUCUGAAGUUGACAAAGAAGAGGGUAUCCUUGACUGCCGCGCUAGUUGUUUUCAUCGCUUUAUUGAAGAUGGACAUCGUUGCUGGUGAAGAGGCCAAUAAGUGUUUUGCCGUACUUAUGUUCAGCACCAUAUUGUGGGCCACAGAGGCAAUACCCUUGUUCGUUACGUCCACUUUCGUCCCCCUCCUAUUAGUCUGCUUACGGGUCAUCCGGGAUGACGAUGGCACUGCUUUGUCUGCGCCCGGUGCGACGAAGUAUAUAUUCUCGGUCAUGUUCUCGCCCACUAUCAUGCUUCUGAUUGGGGGGUUCACAAUCUCUUCGGCUCUGAGCAAAACCAACAUAGAUCGGAUUCUAAUUACGAGAGUCUUGAGCUUUGCAGGUUCAAGACCCAGUUCCGUACUUCUUGCCUUCAUGGGUGUCUCCUGUUUCGCGAGUAUGUGGAUCAGUAAUGUUGCAGCUCCAACGCUGUGCUUCACCCUCAUCCGGCCUAUCUUGAGAACGUUGCCCCCUGGCUCGGCUUUUGCGCCAGCGCUAAUCCUCGCCAUUGCCCUGGCUGCUAAUAUUGGAGGCCAGAGUUCCCCAAUAUCGUCUCCACAGAAUCUUAUCGCCCUCGCGGCGAUGGAUCCUAAAAUUGACUGGGCGAAUUGGUUUGCUGUGGCGCUUCCCGUGUCGAUAAUCUCUAUAUUACUCAUCUGGUUGCUAUUGCUUGUCAUGUAUCGCCCUGCUCGUUCCCCUGACGGGGAAGGAGAGAUCGAGAUACGGGGUAUCCGCCCGACAAGGGAAUCCUUCACCCUCAAGCAGUAUUGGGUCACAUUCGUCUGUCUGGUCACGAUUGCUCUCUGGUGUUUUGAGCACAAAAUUGAGGGUCUUGUUGGAGACAUGGGUGUUAUUGCGAUCAUCCCUAUUGUCGCCUUUUUUGCCACUGGUGUGCUGAAAAAGGACGACUUUGAACAAUUCGCGUGGACAAUUGUUUUCCUGGCAAUGGGCGGAAUCGCUCUCGGCGAGGGCGUUACUUCGAGUGGCUUGAUGGUGACUAUGGAUGGGAUAAUCCAUCAGCUUCUCGAGGGUCUCUCCUUGUACACUGUUGUCCUCGUCCUCUCCCCAGUAGUUUUGAUUGUAUCGACAUUUAUCAGCCAUACAAUUGCGAGCGUGCUCCUAGUGCCCAUCGCGAAGGAGGUCGGACAAAGCCUACCCGGCGACCGUGCAAAUUUGCUCAUUUUUAUGACGGGUCUUCUUUGCUCUGCUGGAAUGGGUAUGCCUGUUUCUGGGUUUCCUAACCAAACUGCCGCCGCUCAAGAGGAUGAGCUCGGACGUCUUUAUCUCUCUAACAUGGAUUUCUUGAAGAAUGGCGUGCCCGCUAGUAUUAUCGCCACCCUCGUCGUUGCCACCGUCGGUUUCAUUCUCAUGAUAGCAAUAGGACUCUGAUUAACACUUGGAUAUCACCACGCACAUGCACUUCGGUUAAUAAGGUUUCUGAUUGAUAGAUAUCCCAUAUGUAUCAUACCUUGCAAUAAUCGACAGCCGCGGAGCAGCAUAGCCCCCAGGGGCAUUUCUUCUUGUGGACUUAACUUUCCAGCUCAAUUGACAUUCUGGCGCACAGUACUGCAUGUUAGACGAAGACAAGAAGCGCAGGCAGGUGCAGAGGGCGAGG